CAGUCUGUUGUCUGACUUUUUUUCUAGCUGGUGCCAUGGGGCUUCCUGUGUUGUUCUGCUGCAUCCUGAUGGUGCUUCUUGCAGCAGGUCCUUCUAUGUCUAUGCAGACCGUGAGAGGAAUAGUGGGUCAAUCUGUUACUCUUCCCUGCACAUAUUCAGUGAAGGACGGUGUCACAUCCAUGUGUUGGGGUCGAGGAUGGUGUCCUCUGAAUGGGUGCUCAAAUGAAAUCCUCUGGACAGAUGGACACAAGAUGACCUUUCAGCAUUCCAACCGAUACCAUUUAAAAGAGGACCUUUCUAAAGGGAUUGUGUCUUUGACGAUAGCGAACCUGACAGAGGCAGAUGCUGGGAUGUAUUGCUGUCGGGUGGAAAUUGCUGGUUGGUUUAAUGACCAAAAAGUCACAGUGAAACUGAAGGUUGAACAAGUUUCUUCCACUCCUGUUUUGGACAUAGUGACAACAACCAGACCCUCGCAAACAUUAGAUGGAAAAAACUGGACACAGCCUGAUAUCCCAAUUGGAGUGAAUGACACAAUGACAGGAACUUCAGAAGGCUACCAGUAUGAAAACAAAACGGUCAUCCUACACGACCAGUUGGUCACCACUAAUGAGGGAAUAUACAUUGGAGCUGGUUUCUUUGUUGGGGUGCUUCUCAUUAUGGUUUUACUUGUCUUUGUUUUGAAACGAUAUUUCUGUAACAGAAAGAAUGCACAAACUCUAAGUUUGACUUUCUUGGCCGGUAGAAAAAAUGAAGCUGUAAGUACUGCCGCUGAAGAUGGCAACCGUGUGGAGGACAAUGUCUACACAAUUGAAGAUAAUGUCUACAUUGUUGAGGAGGAAAAUGCCUACAUUAUUGAUGAAGAGGAGAAUCCCUAUGUUGUGCCAACAUCCAAUGAGAAGCAGCAACCCUCCAAAGUUGGGCCAUAACAUCCUCAACUGACAAUUCUUCUGACCUUUUCUGUGUUCACCUUCUUCUAAGCUCAUGGACUAUUCCUAAGUGUUAUCUCUGCCUGAUAGGAGCAAUUGCAACAAUAAAUAGUGACUCUGGAGAUGAAACAAACAACUUGGUGCCAAACAACGUCACCUUUAUCAGACAACAAAUUGUGCCAGAAAGAUGGGAGUUGAAUCUGGCACUAAUUCUCUUAAGCUAUGCCAUAUUGUGUCAUGUGUGGACAUAGAGAACUUGGGGUUUCUGGAGAGGCACACAAUCAUGGCAGCUUUCAAUCAACCAAUAAAGCAAAUAAAAGGGUUUUUGUACAUUCCAAUUACUACAUUUCUCCUUAAGUUCUUAUGUAGGCAACCAGUUUUAUCUCCUCCAUAAAUUCAAUUUCUUUAGCACAGGUAGAUCUCUAGUUCCCCUUCUUGGCUUUUGCAGAUGUGGCUUGUUGCCAACUUAUUUCCUGGGAACUUGGAAAGCUCAUUUCCAUAGUUACAGGAAACUAGAGUGCCUUUCAUAACCUAUGUUACAGUGCGUGCAAAGAAGUUCUAUUAAUAGGCAGUGGAUAUUGCUUGGUACCAAGAAUAUGAAUCCAAGGUAGAGAAACUACAACUGUCUUGGCCUUCUGCUGCCAAAAACCAACAUAAGGCAUAUAAAUCUGAGCCAUGGAAAGAAAAACUACCUUGAAAAACAGCAGUGAAUGAGGUGUCCAAUAGGAAAGAUGUUUUAGAAAGAAAUAGAGGCUGUUGCUGUUUGAGGGUAUUUAGACUGACAAUCUUUUUUCAUCUUUCCCUAGCAAAUUAGAUUUUAAAAUGUAAUGAUUAAUGGAAAAGGUCAGAGGUUGUGUGUGUGUGUGUGUGUGUGUGUGUGUGUGUGUAGUGGGAAGGGAGGGGUUCACUGACAUUAUGGACAGUCUACUAUCCUUUCCUCAAAAGUUCACUCAGACUUUUUGGUUCACUGGGGUAAACUUGUACAGUAGAAAAAAUGGAUCCAGGGAACAACGAAGAUAUUAUGGUUGUUGUGACCAAUGGUUUCAAAUGAAAACCAUUUUCUUUCUAGUAUUUAGAGCAUUUUGAAAGCUGAGAUCAUCUGCUAGGUACCUGUGUUGAUAAAAUGAUGUACAAUGACUAUUCUGAAUAGUAUUUUGCAAUGCUUGGUUGUCCUAAUUUUAAGCCGGAAAUUUGUAGCAACUUUUUGAAGUGAUUUCAGUGGUGAUGAUGACUCCAUUAAUAACAGGGCUAGAUUUAAGAUUCUAAGGAUGGCCAACAUGUAACCAAUCCAAAAGUGGUACUAAUAAAAGGAUCAGAGGAUGAGGGAAUCAGACCCCAGUUACGUCACUAAUUCGAUACAUAUUCAUACCUAAGUUAGCCUAUACUUCAAUUCUCUGUUUUCAAAUGGGCAAAACUACCUUGACCACCUCAGUGUCAUUGUGACGAUCAGUGGGGAUAGCAGCUGUGAAAACCCUUUGAAAAAUCAAGCCCUCUGCAAAUGCAAGGUAUUAUCAUCCUUAUUAUUAUUUGGGGCCAUAAGUGUAUGUGGAGCCUAUCAUAGUAGUAGGUCCACAUUAAGUUGGAUAGUGAUGAUGAUGAUGACGAUGAUGACGACAGUGGUCUCAUAAAGCUAACUUGCUGCUCUAGCUUAUACGUACCUCUUUAACAAUGCCUCUUUAGAAAUUACUUUUGUUCCAUGGACCAAGAGGAAAAAAAUCUAUUGAACAACUUUUUUUUUCAGUCAAAAACCUGUUUCAUGAUUUGGUAGUCUUUUUUGAAUGAAAUAUUUGUAAAGAAGAAAAUUGUAGAUUGUGACAUUUAGAUUCAUGACAUUUCACAAUUCUAUAGCCCCUUUAGCUGGUUUGAGACAGGACAUUAUUUGGAGUUAUCAGUGUCUUUGUCUUUAAAUUUAAGUGUCUCUUUAAAAAUGAGCUGCUCUUGUCUUUCACUGAAGGGUAUAGAUCUGACUGAACAAUUUUUCAAAAUUAUGUGCUCUAAUGUAUUCUAUGGAGGAGUAUUUGAGUCCCAUUAU